UAAUUUUAUCUAUUUGGAUGAAUAUUUCAAACAAUUGCCGUAUAAAUACGAUACGUGUGGCUCUGAUUACAACAUUUGUGUUGGAGUAGUUAGCAGCAUGCGUGUUCUUGCUUUGUUAGCCCUUUGCUUCGCGGCCGUGGCAGCGGUCCCUACGGACCCUCAGAGGAUUGUGGGUGGGUCACUCGUCACCAUAGAUCGGUACCCCACAAUUGCUGCAAUCUUAAUUACAUAUGAUUGGGUGAAUUUCGUUCAUACUUGUGGCGGCACCAUUUUAAAUAAUCGAUCCGUUCUCACUGCAGCUCAUUGUACAGCAGACUACGGUGCUAAUAGAUUUAGACUCCGCCUAGGCUCUUCGUUCCGUAGCAGUGGCGGUGUUGUUCACAAUUGUAACCUGAACAUCGUCCACGGCUCAUACAACACCUGGACCAAGGACAGUGACAUCGCUAUCCUCCGCUCCGCCUCCACCUUCUCCUUCAACAACAAUGUUCAGGCUGCUUCCAUCGCUGGGGCCAACUACUGGCUCGGUGACAACCAGGCUGUCUGGGCUGCUGGAUGGGGUGACACUUUCUUCGGUUCCGGCGCCGGCUCUGAACAGCUACGUCACGUUCAGCUUGUGACCAUCAACCAGAACACUUGCAGAAACAACUAUGGUGCUAUUAACUCUGUUAUCAACGAUAACAUGUUGUGCUCUGGUUGGCCCAACGGUGGUCGCGACCAGUGCCAGCGUGACUCUGGUGGUCCUCUCUACCACAAUGGUGUGGUUGUUGGCGUCUGCUCGUUCGGCAAUGGAUGCGCUCAAGCUAACUUCCCCGGUAUCAACGCUCGUGUAUCCCGUUUCGCCUCUUGGAUCUCAUCAAAUGCAUAAAUACUUAAUUUGUAUUGAAUAAACGACUAUUAUUAUGA